AAAUAGAUCUGAACCUGACGAUGAACUAAAUACGAAUGAAGGUAGAGAUUGGAAAACUACCCAUACAUGUGACUUGAGCGAGAAAAGCCUACUAGGAUCCCUUAUGUGAAGCAUAUAAAAUGUUAUACAAAAUUUGUUGUUACCAUAUCGCGUUAAUGGGACCACAGAGCCACAAGAGCAAAAAAAAGGUCAAAAGUCGCAAAAAGGGACAUCUUCCGAAGAACGCAAAAUCGAAAUAUCACAAGAAGUACCACAAGAAGUACCACGCCCGCCCAUCGAAGAUUUUCCACGACAACUGCUGCAUGUACAAGGUUCGUCCGCGACCCUUGCGAUUCAACCAGGUCGAUUUUGGCACCCAGUGCCCCUCUCGCACUCAUACAACACCACUCAUACAACACCCUAUCCGGAGUAAGGUGGUCCGCCUGCCGGAAACCUUGGUCAUGCAUAUGCGGAAUAUUGAGGAAGCCCAUCGGAUGGCGGGAAGCUUCAGAAACACCCUUAUCCGAGCCCUUGUCCUAGUUCCGGAUAUCGUAGAAGGGGACAGUAUGCACCAAGUGGAUCUGAGACCAAGACAUGUCGAGCGAAGGGACCGAAAAAGGCCGUCUUGUAGCGAAAUGGACUUGGUGAACUCCUUUGAGAGAGGAUAGAAGAAUGAUUGUCUCAGGAUAAUAAAGAAUUCCAAUAAAUAUAUCA